CCUCAGCUCUACAGCAAGUGGGCCGGAGGAGGACGCUCCCUGCCCAGAGCCGGCCCAGGCACAGCGCCGCGGGCUGCGAUGCGCAUCGCCGUGCGGUGACCCAAGCUGCCGGGCAGCGGCCGAGGCCUCCCGGGCGCCCCGCCCUGCGCCUCCUCCUGCCGCCUGCGCGCGGUGCUGUGCGCCCGGCCCGCCGCUGCUCCUCCUCCCUGCCUCGCGGUCCCUUCCUCGGAGUCCCGACUGAGCGCGAGCGCUACACGGCCCCUGGCCGUCGCCGAGCGCGCCAAGACGCCAAGACUCCGAACAGGUGGCCGGAGGCUGCAGGCGCCCAGGCGGGGGACAGGCGAGACCAGGCGAAGGCGGCCGGGCUGGACAUGGUAACCGGGCGACCCCGAGCCGCCGUCUGCUCGCGCCCCUAGCCGCCGGCGCGCCGGCGCAGCGGCCCCACCGCGCCCUGCGUACAGUCGCCGGGCCCAGCGCCGCUCCGGCCACGGCCAGCGAGGGACGGCGGCAUGAAAGUGACCGUGUGCUUCGGGAGGACCCGGGUGGUCGUGCCGUGUGGAGACGGCCGCAUGAAAGUUUUCAACCUCAUCCAGCAGGCGGUGACCCGCUACCGGAAGGCCGUGGCCAAGGAUCCAAACUACUGGAUACAGGUGCAUCGCUUGGAGCAUGGAGACGGAGGGAUUCUAGACCUGGAUGACAUCCUCUGCGAUGUUGCUGAUGACAAAGACAGACUGGUAGCAGUGUAUGACGAACAGGACCCCCACCAUGGAGGAGAUGGUACCAGCGCCAGCUCCACAGGAACCCAGAGCCCAGAGAUAUUCGGCAGUGAGCUGGGCACCAACAAUGCUUCUGCUUUUCAGCCUUAUCAAGCCACAAGUGAAAUUGAGGUCACGCCUUCAGUCCUUCGGGCAAAUAUGCCUCUUCAUGUCCGCCGGAGCAGUGACCCAGCUUUAACUGGCCUCUCCACUUCGGUCAGUGAUAAUAACUUUUCCUCCGAGGAGCCCUCCAGGAAAAACCCCACCCGAUGGUCCACAACAGCUGGCUUUCUCAAGCAGAACACCACUGGAAGUCCCAAAACGUGUGACAGGAAGAAAGAUGAAAACUACAGGAGCCUCCCGAGGGAUCCCAGUAGCUGGUCCAACCAGUUCCAGAGAGACAAUGCCCGCUCCUCUCUCAGCGCCAGCCACCCAAUGGUAGACCGGUGGCUGGAGAAGCAAGAGCAGGAUGAAGAGGGCACAGAGGAAGACAGCAGCCGAGUGGAACCAGUUGGACACGCUGAUACUGGCUUGGAGAAUAUGUCCAACUUCUCUCUUGAUGAUAUGGUAAAGCUCGUACAAGUCCCCAACGAUGGAGGGCCUCUGGGAAUCCAUGUAGUGCCUUUCAGUGCUCGAGGCGGCAGAACACUGGGAUUGUUAGUCAAACGGUUGGAGAAAGGUGGGAAAGCCGAGCAAGAAAAUCUUUUCCAUGAGAAUGACUGCAUUGUGAGGAUUAAUGAUGGAGAUCUUCGAAACAGAAGAUUUGAGCAAGCACAGCAUAUGUUCCGCCAAGCCAUGCGCACACGUGUCAUUUGGUUCCACGUGGUCCCUGCAGCAAACAAGGAGCAGUAUGAACAACUCUCCCAGCGAGAGAAGAACAACUAUUCCCCUAACCGCUUCAGCCCUGACAGCCACUGUGUGGACAACAGGAAUGUGGCCAGCCAUGUGCCUCAAGCAUUGCCCAGAGCACCCAGACUGAAUCAUCCGCCUGAGCAGCUGGAUGCUCACCCCCGACUACCUCAUAGUGCUCAUGCCUCCACUAAACCACCCGCAGCCCCACCUGUGGUUCCACAGAAUGUGCUUAGCACCAAUAUGGGCAGUGUGUACAACACUAAGAAAGUAGGCAAGAGGCUCAACAUCCAGCUUAAGAAAGGUACAGAAGGACUUGGGUUCAGCAUCACUUCCCGAGAUGUUACUAUAGGUGGCUCAGCUCCGAUUUAUGUCAAGAACAUUCUUCCUCGAGGGGCCGCCAUUCAGGAUGGCAGACUCAAGGCAGGAGACCGCCUCAUAGAGGUCAAUGGAGUAGAUUUAGCAGGCAAGUCCCAAGAGGAAGUCGUUUCCCUGUUGAGAAGCACCAAGAUGGAGGGGACCGUGAGCCUUCUAGUCUUUCGCCAGGAAGACGCUUUCCACCCAAGGGAACUGAAUGCUGAACCCAGCCAGAUGCAGAUUCCAAAAGAAACGAAAGCUGAAGAUGAGGACAUUGUUCUCACCCCCGAUGGGACCAGGGAGUUUCUGACUUUUGAAGUUCCGCUUAAUGACUCGGGAUCUGCAGGGCUUGGUGUCAGUGUCAAAGGGAACCGUUCCAAAGAGAACCAUGCAGAUUUGGGAAUCUUCGUGAAGUCCAUUAUUAAUGGCGGAGCUGCAUCCAAAGAUGGCAGACUGAGAGUGAAUGACCAGCUGAUAGCUGUGAAUGGAGAGUCUCUGCUGGGCAAAGCCAACCAGGAAGCCAUGGAGACUCUGCGGAGGUCCAUGUCUACUGAGGGCAACAAGCGUGGCAUGAUCCAACUCAUCGUGGCCAGGCGGAUCAGCAAAUGCAAUGAGCUUCGGUCUCCUGGGAGCCCUGCUGCACCUGAGCUGCCCAUCGAAACAGAGUUGGAUGACCGAGAGCGCAGGAUCUCACACUCCCUCUACAGCGGGAUUGAGGGGCUGGAAGAGUCUCCCACCAGGAAUGCUGCACUCAGCAGAAUAAUGGGUGAGUCAGGUAAAUGCCAGCUGUCACCCACGGUGAACAUGCCACAUGAUGACAGUGUCAUGAUUGAAGAUGACAGGCUGCCUGUGCUUCCUCCUCACCUCUCAGACCAGUCCUCUUCCAGCUCUCAUGAUGAUGUGGGAUUCAUAAUGACAGAGGCCGGCACAUGGGCCAAGGCUGCCAUCAGCGACUCAGCCGACUGCUCUUUGAGUCCCGAUGUUGAUCCGGUUCUUGCGUUUCAACGAGAAGGAUUUGGACGCCAGAGUAUGUCAGAAAAACGCACAAAGCAAUUUUCAGAUGCCAGUCAAUUGGAUUUCGUUAAAACACGAAAAUCAAAAAGCAUGGAUUUAGUAGCUGACGAGACUAAACUCAAUACAGUGGAUGACCAGAGAGCAGGCUCUCCCAGUAGAGAUGUGGGACCUUCCUUGGGUCUGAAGAAAUCCAGCUCCUUAGAAAGUCUGCAGACUGCUGUAGCUGAGGUUACAUUGAAUGGAAACAUUCCUUUCCACCGCCCCCGGCCACGAAUCAUCCGAGGAAGGGGCUGCAAUGAGAGCUUCCGAGCUGCUAUUGACAAGUCUUAUGAUAAACCCAUGGUUGAUGACGACGAUGAAGGCAUGGAGACCUUGGAAGAAGAUACGGAAGAAAGCUCGAGGUCAGGGAGGGAGUCUGUGUCCACAUCCAGCGAUCAGCCUUCCUACUCUCUGGAGAGACAAAUGAAUGGAAACCCAGAGAAGAGGGACAAGACUGAUAGGAAAAAAGACAAAACUGGAAAAGAAAAGAAGAAAGACCGAGAGAAGGAGAAGGAUAAGUUGAAAGCCAAGAAGGGGAUGCUGAAAGGCUUGGGAGACAUGUUCAGGUUUGGCAAGCAUCGAAAAGAUGACAAGAUGGAGAAAAUGGGCCGAAUAAAAAUCCAGGAUUCUUUCACAUCAGAAGAGGACAGGGUGCGGAUGAAGGAAGAGCAGGAGAGGAUCCAAGCCAAAACUCGAGAAUUUAGGGAGCGGCAGGCUCGAGAACGCGAUUAUGCUGAAAUCCAAGAUUUCCAUCGGACAUUUGGCUGUGAUGACGAGUUGCUCUAUGGUGGCAUGUCAUCCUAUGAAGGCUGUUUGGCUCUCAAUGCCAGACCCCAGAGCCCAAGAGAAGGGCACCUGAUGGACACUUUGUAUGCGCAAGUGAAGAAACCACGGAGCUCCAAACCCGGGGACAGCAAUCGAUCCACUCCUAGCAACCAUGACCGGAUACAGCGUCUACGGCAAGAGUUCCAGCAAGCCAAGCAGGAUGAGGACGUGGAAGACCGGCGCCGUACCUACAGCUUCGAGCAGUCUUGGUCCGGCUCACGGCCAGCGUCGCAGAGCGGUCGGCACUCGGUGUCUGUGGAGGUUCAAGUGCAACGGCAACGUCAGGAGGAGCGAGAGAGCUUCCAGCAGGCCCAGCGCCAGUACAGCUCACUGCCAAGGCAAAGCAGGAAGAAUGCCAGCUCCGUAUCACAGGACUCCUGGGAACAGAACUAUGCCCCCGGUGAAGGCUUCCAGAGUGCCAAGGAGAACCCCAGGUAUUCCAGUUACCAGGGCUCAAGGAACGGCUAUUUAGGCGGGCAUGGCUUCAAUGCCAGGGUCAUGCUGGAGACCCAGGAGCUUCUCCGCCAGGAGCAGAGGAGGAAAGAGCAGCAGCUGAAGAAGCAGCCCCCUGCUGAUGGAGUCAGGGGACCCUUCAGGCAAGAUGUGCCUCCAUCCCCAUCUCAGGUGGCCAGGCUAAACAGACUGCAGACGCCCGAGAAAGGGCGGCCCUUCUACUCCUGAGCUCAAAUGAGGAUGGCAAGGCUUCCUGUCACGCAAUAACGGACAUUUUCCUAUGAAGACUUGUGUUCUUGGAGUUUAAAAGUCUUCGGUGGUACUACAGAACACUUCUGUUGCUGGUAUCAGUGCCUUUAAGCAGCACGAGCAAAGAAAUGGAAGGCCUUAAUGUCUUUGCCACUGCGUCUCAGUGUCUCAUGGAAGGAUUUCCCCUCCUGACAACCCCAAGUUCAAGGCAUCACCCACCUGCUUCUCUCAGUACCAGAAGCUUCAGCUCUGUGCAUAAGAUGCCUAUGGCUUGGGUGUCCCAGCUUCACCUUGGAGAGUGACCCCUGAGGCUGCAGAUGUUGCUGUCCCCUUCCCCCCUGGGCUCUCAGCUGGAGUGAUUCCUCAGUCUCUGGUAGAUGAAAGUGAGUGCAGGAACACCAGGAACAGGGACUCUCUCCAGGACUUCGCAGCAGGGUUUCUCCCUGUUCUGGGACUCGGUCUGGGUUUCCUUCUCUUUCCCUGAGUUCCUUGGAGCAUGAAGGCUCUGGGGCGGUAGUGAAGCUAAACCAUAUGCCCAUGGAUUUGGCCAUCAGGGGGACUUUCCAGCUGCCUUAUAACCUCACUACCCGUAUCACAGCAAUUCUAGUCUGAGUUUAUAAAUACACUUGUUCAGUCACAUUCAUGACGCUUGGGAACAAGGGACAUGGGAAUGGCCUAUUGUGCAUGCACCCUGAGGAGGGAGGUGGGAACUGAGGGGAGAGUCUGGAGGAGCUGUGGCCAAACUCUUCUGUCAUCGUUUUACUUUAUUUGCUUUGCAAUAGGUUGGCAAGGAAGGCACAGAGUGGGACAAGGAAAAACCAGUCACUUUGGAUUCUGAAAAUUAAUCUCAAUACAGUUUUGAGGUUGGAGUCGUUAUUUGUCUCCUAUCCCCACAUAAUGUGUCCCUUCCUGGUGAGACCACAUUACUAAGUAAUUCUGUCAUGAGACAUAAAACAAAUAAAAGAAAAGCCAUCCCAUUGAGAACAUUUUGAUGUCCCAGAAGAGCACUAGGAGUCACAUUUCCGUGCAUGCCUGUGUCACGAGGCCCUUGACGCUCGCUGUUCAUCUGUUGGUCUGAACAUCAUGUAUUGUAAACCAAGGCUGGGUUGCUAAAGUGCCUGCAAAUCUCGAUGUGAAAAAAAAAAUCUUGAGGAAAAAGCUCAGAGUACCAUGUAUUAACAAAAAAGAAAGGAAAAAAAAAACAGACGUGUAUUGAUAUGCCUAUUUUUUUUUACUGGCACAUUGUAUUUUUUGUGUAGACUUGUUUUUAGAAAAUAUGAGAAGUGUCCACAGACCCCGUGUCUCUUUGCAUCCGUGUGUAAUGGCUUUAUCUGUUAAUGACUCGCAGUGGUGUUUAAGUGGUAUUUCCAAUGUAAGUAAGCGUGUGACCUUGGACGGCAGUGGUUUUCUCACAGCCUUCUUAGGCUUUGAGGAACAGCUGUCCCUGUACAUAUCAGACUUCUAAUAAAAGGCAUAUUUCUUCCUGUU